GAAAUAUCAAUUCGAAAAGUGAACUUACGAUCCUUAAACAAUUCAAGUGAACUUACGAUCCGUAAACAAUUCAACUUACGGCCCCUGACAGAACAGACUCCGAUAUUAGUUGGGCGAAGUUUAUCCAAAACAAACAAAACAAAAAAGGAUACCGGUCUUUAUGUGCAAUUUUUUGUACAUAUAGGACGGUCUUCGGCAUCAGGAAAACCUCAUGUCAUUGACUGAGAGAUAUCAGUAGAAACAAUCAGUCAGGAAAGCAGGUUCAACUGUUCAAGAGCUGCAACAACUCUGAACUCCGAAUCCUCUGACCUUCUUCCUCCUCAAAAACAGCUAACCUUCCCCUGCACAUUCCUCAACUUGAUCAUCUCUCUCGUUAACACGUAUUCUACAGUUCUUUUAUUAUCUUCUUCAGGUUCAUAUUUUUUCUGGUCUAUGAAGUCUGCAUGUAAGGAGCAGGUUCAUAUCUGCUUGGGUUGAUAGCAACAUCUACUGCAAAGGCACUGUGGGGGCAGAGCAUUCACUCACUCUCACUUAUAUACUCUCUUAUUCAUGGUAUUGAAAGUGGUCACACAGGGUGGUUGAGUGAGAUAUGCAGACUCCAAAACCAAGAAAUCGUACUUCAGACAUACCUCAAAGAAAAAGGUCACCACAAUCAGUGCCUUCAAAAGUUCCUACAAAGAUCUCACCACGAGCUGUUUCCAAUGAUGUUCCUAGAAAAGUUUCUCCGCGAACUUCCUCUCACAAUGCAGCAUCUCAACAAAAGAUUUCGCCAAGGAUUGUCCGCCAGCUUUUGCCAAACACCUCUAGCUCUACCACUUCUUCUCCUCAUUCAAUUUGCAGCAGUAAAAAGCAAAGAAGUCCCAAAGCCAAUGAGCAAGGAAGUCCCAAAGCCAGUGAACUAAAUUCACCCCAUAGUGUAGGGUCAGAGGAGCAUUCAAACAGGCGUACUGAGUUGGAAUCUCAGAUAUUUGAGCUUCAGAAUGAUCUAAAGAGAGUAAAAGAAGAGUUGCAUUCCACAGAAGCAUUGAAAGAUCAAGCAAAUCAAGAAGCAGACAACUCAAAAAGACAGCUUUCUCACUUAUCUUCAAAACUGCAAGAAUCUCAGGAGCAAUUGAUGAAACGGACACCCACCCCCGCCUUAGAUGAGACAAUAGAACUUCAAAACUUGAAGGAAAACCUGUCUGAGACUCUAUUGCUCGUGGAGGAAUUGAAAAUCCAGCUAAGCAAUUGCAAAGAGUCCGAAGCUAGGGCAAAAUCCCUCUUCAAUGAAAAACACAGAACCUUCGAAUCCGAAAUUGAAACCCUCCAAGAUGCUCUGGACGCGUCCGAAGCAAAAAAUGCCGAAGAACAAACGCGAAGUACUGUAGAGAUCAGAGGCGCUUACGAGUUCGUUGAACAGGUUAUCUCCUCGUCGAACCAGAAAGAGACCGAACUUAGAGAUGAAGUACAGAAACUGAGCAUAGAGAUCGAGGAAUUGAAGGCGAAUCUUAUGGAUAAAGAAACCGAAUUGCAAGGGAUAUGCGAAGAGAACGAAAACCUAGCUUUGAAAUUGGAGAAUAGACGGUCCGGACAGCGGGAAUAUGAACUGGAGAGGGAGGUUAGGUAUCUGAAGGAAAAAUUGACCGAAAUGAAGAUGAUAUAUGAAGAAAAUGGGAGGAGAAGGGAAGGAAUGAUGGAGCAGAUGGAGGCGGUGGAGGCGUACAAUGCGGAAAUGGAAGAAGAGUUGAGAAGGGUGAAGGUGCAGUGUGAGCAAUGGCGGAAGGCUGCAGAAGCUGCGUCUGCAAUGCUUUCAUCUGGCGCCGAGAAGAUCAGCCCCCCUCCUCCUCCUUGCGUUGAAGAAGAUGAAGAUUUGCAGAAGAGGAAAAAUGGAAAUGUGCGUAAGAGAAUUACCAUCCCAUGGAAGAAGAUACAGAAAUAGCAACUUCUUGCUGAAUGAGGGUUUUGAAGUUUUAAUAAUGGGAAAUUUCACAAAAUAAGAACAAAAAUAUAUUGAAAUUUCAAAAGAUGAAGACCUAAGAAGUAAAGGAGAGGGAGUGUUUUUUUUUAUUAUUUAGGAUUUUAGUUUCCAUGCAAAAAUCUACCUAAAAGUAGUAGAAGUACGUACUACUAGAGUUUUUUUUCGAAUUAAUGUUAAAUAAUUAAUUAAUUACGAAAAUAUGGUUCGGUUAAAAGUAUUUAUCAAUAUACUGCUGCGUUAAUCAUGGUCGGGGUAAGUCGUCCAGCGGUUGGGCGACUUACCUUUAACUAAAAAUUUCGACCAGCCAGAACAGAACACUGCGUAAAUUAAACCCAAUCCCCAAAAUCCCUCAAGCCGCAGCGACGAAGGACGAACGACGACCGAGCGAUUUGGAACUUCGGUGAACCUCCAUCUCCAGCUACCCCACUCCGGCAAACCUCCAUCUUCAUCUUCAACACUCUUUCUUCUUUCUUGUAGGUAAAUCAAACUCCAUUUCAUCUCAUUUUGAACUUAGGGUUUUGAAUGUUAAAAUUUUCGAAUUUUUAGAUUGUGAAUUGAUUGUGAUUUGACUUGUUGUGAAAUGUGGAUAUGUAUGAAAUGUUGAAAUUUGAUUUUAAAUUGAUUGUAAAUUUUAAAGUGUAUUUUGACAUUUGAGCAUUUUGGUAGAUUUGAAUGUAGCUAGCAAAAU